AUGGGGAGUACGUUUGGUGAUGGAGAAAGUUGGAAGGAGAAAGAGGUUCUCGACAAUGUCAAAGGCUGCCCUUAUGUGAUUGACUAUUUCGGGGAAGAGAUUACGACCCAAGAAAAUGGAGAGAUGGUUUACAAUCUUUUAUUGGAGUAUGCCUCUGGAAGAACACUAGCAUAUUCAAUCAAGAAAUCCGAUGUUCGUCGAUUGCCCGAAACUGAUGUAAAAAGCUAUACCUGGUCAAUCCUCAAAGGGCUGAGUCACAUUCAUGACUAUGGUUUCGUUCACUGCGAUUUAAAGCCUGACAAUGUUUUACUCGUACCUACCAUUAGCCUCGGUGGUAAUUUUGUGGUAAAGAUUGGGGAUUUUGGAUUGGCAAAGAGAUCGGAGCCUCCCAGUGAUAUUUGGGCUCUUGGGUGUCUUGUGUGCGAGAUGCUUACUGGAAAAUCUCCUUGGAAUAGGGAUAAAGAAUUGAAUGCAGAGAAGCUUUUACAGUUGAUUGGCAAUGAGCAUGAAGUUCCCAAAAUUCCAAGUGGUGUUUCAGAUGAAGCAAAGAGUUUCUUGAAGUCGUGUCUCGUGGGGAAACCCACAUAG